GACUUCCAUAAUUUUUGUUAAUGACUCGUGGCCAAAUUCAGAAGUGGAGCCCGCUGACAUUGAAUUACCAGACGCGCUGUCGUCAUUAACAAUUUGCUUUGUAGGAACAAUUUUAGCGCUUCUGAUUUUUCUAUCGAUAGCUGGAAAUAUUCUUGUGUGUGUUGCCAUUUACACCGAACGAAGUCUCAGACGAAUUGGCAAUCUUUUUCUGGCCUCUUUAGCCAUUGCCGAUUUGUUUGUCGCAUCACUUGUUAUGACAUUUGCUGGUGUGAAUGAUAUUUUAGGUUAUUGGAUUUUUGGUGCUAAAUUUUGCGAUACAUGGGUUGCAUUUGAUGUGAUGUGUUCAACAGCAUCAAUUCUUAAUUUAUGUGCCAUUUCAUUGGAUCGAUACAUUCACAUAAAAGAUCCAUUAAGAUAUGGACGUUGGGUGACCAGACGCAUUGCUGUUGGCACAAUUGCCACAAUUUGGAUACUUGCUGGUUUUGUAUCAUUUGUGCCAAUUUCACUGUCACUUCAUCGUCCCGCUCAGCCGCUGAUUUUUGAAGAUAAAGACGGAAAAGAAUUUCCCACAUGUGCACUCGAUCUCACACCAACAUACGCAGUCGUAUCAAGCUGUAUAAGUUUUUAUGUGCCGUGUAUAGUUAUGAUAGGCAUUUAUUGUAGACUCUAUUGUUAUGCUCAAAAACAUGUCCGUUCGAUUAAGGCUGUUACAAAAGAUCCCGGCGAGAUAACAGAAAAGAGAUAUAGAAGCAUUAGACGCAUUAAUAAGCCGAAUAAAAAACUGAAAAUACGCAAUUUUCAUCAUUCGUCACCAUAUCACGUAUCAGAUCACAAGGCAGCAAUAACAGUUGGGGUAAUCAUGGGCGUUUUUCUAGUUUGCUGGGUGCCGUUCUUCUGUGUCAAUAUCGUCGCUGCAUUUUGUAAAACAUGCAUCGGUGGCCAAACUUUUAAGAUUUUAUCGUGGCUAGGUUAUUCAAAUUCAGCAUUCAAUCCAAUCAUUUAUAGUAUUUUUAAUACGGAAUUCCGAGAAGCUUUCAAACGAAUUUUAACUACUAAAGCUGGAUGUUGCUGUGAAGACGACUUAAAUCUCCAUUGUCGCAAUAGUGAGCGAUUUGUCACAGAUUAUCAAUCAGCAAAGUGUUCUCACAUUCAUUCGGGUAGGUCAUCAGCUGACUUAGAGCAGGUCUCAGCCAUAUAG